AUGCCUACACCUUCGUCCCCUCAAUCAUCAAAGCUCAACGAUGACGACUCCGCUCGUGCGCAAGCGAAAGCUAGGCUGAGGCAGCUUGUGAGCAACUACGUGCCGGUGUUGGCUGGUGCCGCAGUGGGGGCUCGGGGCGCUGCCGCCUCCGGUCCGGUGUUUGAUACACGGGCGGGGAAAGUGGAGAACCAAGCCAGGCGAUUCACCAGUUCGCGUCUCAGGUUCGAGGUCGGCGGAAUGCAGUUCUGCGUCAACGUGAACGGUACAGCGGAGGUCGUGAAGGGCCCGCCUGGUCGUCCCUGUCAGCGCCUAAGGGCCGUGUUCACCUCCUUCGAUGUGGUGGUAGACGGCCAAAAAAGGUUGUCGCUUCCCCUGUCACUGCUCAAUCCGGUGGGGUUCGUGGACACGCCCUAUCUGGAUGACGAGCCACCCCACCCGGGCAGCACCCAGCCACCCACCCAUCCCCUGCCUGCCGCCCUGCGUGUUUCACUCGUCACCUCCUCCAUUGCCGCCGCCGCAUCUCUCUGCUAUGUGUGGUGGCCUGGCGACAUCAUGGCGCCCGACUCGCUGCUCUGCGAGGAGCAGAUUCGCAUCAGCGUUGGAGACAAGGGCUCCCUGUUCAUUGCCGCGCUGGAGGCAAGAUGA